AUGGCCCAUCACUCUCCAAGACACGAUAACUCUCCGAAUGGAAUUCGAUCAGCCUUCCAUUGGCCUAUACCGCCGUCCAAAUCAGGCUCAUCCAAUACCGAGGAUUUGUCCAUUCGAGAGAUUCUUCACAAAUAUGAAGAUAACCCGGAAUUACUAGCUUUUAUUCUCAAGGCGAAAUCAGAAGAAGACAAGAAACAAGCAGCAAGAGAUAAUUUAAAGGCAGAGGAAGCUCGUAUCCAGUUGCGACAGAUGGAUCUGGAUUAUUUGAAAGAGCAAGGGAGAUACGAACGCGCUCCUAUUUAUCAUCAGUUGGCGCCCGUGCAGCAACAAGUACUUGCACGGAUUACCAACAGCGACUAUCCAUCCCUGUCAACGUUUACUCAGCCACCACCGCCGUCAGGUCCCGCACCCCCUUUCAGCCAAAGGCUUCCCUACCCUCAUCCACCUCCUUCACCGGCCGGUUUUUAUCCACAUUCUGCUCAUCCAUUGUGUCCGCCAGAACAACCCUCGGUUGUGUACCGUAUGUCAUCCUCGAGCAAUAGACCUCAAUCUUAUCGCUCUCCUUACCCCGGAGGUAAAUCGACACUCCCAUACCCUUCGUUUGACACCUCAUCGCCCAUCUCACCUACCACCGCCCUGAAUACGAAGCCGGAAGAUAAAUUAUCACACAGCAAAGUCAUGGAAGCACUCAAAGCCAAACUUCAAAGGGGACAUUCGUCUUUGGGAACAUCGCCGUCUUCCCGAUCUCCCCAGACAACGAGCGAACCGCCCAAUAAACGGCUACGUAAACUUCCUUUCUAUGCUCCCACCAUCCAUUCACCUUCCCGGUCGCGCCAAUCUUCAAGCAAAAAUCCAGCAACACCAUCCCCUCGGUCUGCCAAACCGGUCUUACCACCAAUAGAUACAACAGUAGGUCGUCGACAAGUGGAACCAGGAUGCAGCUUGACCGCGCAAGAUCCGCCUUCUCGUCCAUGUUCAUACCCAAUUUCGACCACCGAAACCCCAUCUCCCAGUGAUCGUCGCGCGCGAUCAUUAUCCCCUUCUAUUAUCAAUCGCAAAGAUAAGAUCAUCAAUAACAUGAAAUCUUAA